CCUACAAACUAUUGUCCACCCUUUCUCCUCAUUCUCUUGGAAUCAUAUAUAGUUUGAAGAACACAAAUUCAGAAUUAAUCAAGUUGAAGAUCCAAUUCAUGGAACAAUCCUCGCACGAGAUCACAUCCCCUCUCUUGCCAAAGAAGGAGGACAAUGUUGACGAAGAUGUGAAAGAGAUUGGGGAAUCAUCGGGUGAAGAAGAGAGAGAGAACUCACCCAUAAAGCAAGUGGCCCUAACGGUGCCAACCACAGAUGACCCAUCGCUUCCGGUUCUGACGUUCAGAAUGUGGGUGCUGGGAACCCUCUCAUGCGUUCUCUUAUCAUUUCUGAACCAGUUUUUCUGGUACCGAACCGAGCCUCUCACCAUCACCGCCAUAUCGGCUCAGAUCGCGGUGGUGCCGCUUGGUCAACUCAUGGCUUCAAGAAUCACCAAACGUGUCUUCUUCAAAGGAACACGUUGGGAAUUCACACUGAACCCGGGUCCCUUCAAUGUGAAGGAGCAUGUGCUCAUUACUAUCUUCGCCAACUCUGGCGCUGGCACCGUUUAUGCCAUUCACGUUGUUACCGCUGUCAAAAUCUUUUACCGCAAACACAUGUCCUUUUUUGUUUCCUUCCUCGUAGUCAUCACCACGCAGGUAUUGGGCUUCGGAUGGGCGGGCAUAUUCAGAAGAUACUUAGUAGAGCCAGCGGCGAUGUGGUGGCCGGCAAAUUUAGUUCAAGUUUCACUCUUCAGGGCCCUGCACGAGAAGGAGGAACGAGAAAAAGGAGGGUUAACGAGAUCGCAGUUCUUUGUAAUAGCGUUUUUGUGCAGCUUUGGCUACUACGUGCUUCCUGGUUACAUUUUCCAAAUGCUGACCUCUCUCUCUUGGAUAUGUUGGUUAUUUCCCACGAGCGUGCUGGCCCAACAGCUUGGGUCAGGCCUAUAUGGGCUUGGCAUCGGUGCAAUUGGGCUUGACUGGUCUACCAUUUCAGCCUACCUCGGGAGCCCACUUGCAAGCCCAUGGUUUGCCACUGCCAACGUGGCCGUGGGAUUCGUGUUUGUGAUGUACGUUCUGACUCCAUUGUGCUAUUGGUUCAAUGUGUACGGUGCCAAAACCUUCCCCAUUUUCUCCGACGAUCUUUUCACUUCCAAGGGUCAAAUUUAUAACAUCACAGACAUAAUUGACUCUAAUUUCCACCUUGACGUUGCGGCUUAUGAGCGACAAGGACGACUCUAUCUCAGCACUUUUUUUGCCAUGACCUAUGGUGUUGGCUUUGCAGCACUUACCGCUACCAUUGUCCACGUUGCUCUCUUUCACGGAAGAGAAAUAUGGGAGCAAAGUAAAUCAAGUUUUAAGGAAACGAGAGUGGACAUCCACACGAAGCUUAUGCAGAAGUACAAACAGGUUCCUGAAUGGUGGUUCGUGUGCAUCCUCAUCGCAACCAUUGCAGCCACCGUCUUCACUUGCGAGUAUUACAACGAUCAGCUUCAGUUGCCUUGGUGGGGCGUUCUGCUCGCAUGUGGCAUCGCCAUCUUCUUUACUCUCCCCAUUGGGAUUAUAACUGCAAUCACAAAUCAGACUCCGGGGUUGAACAUAAUCACGGAAUACAUUAUAGGAUAUAUCUACCCGGGCUAUCCAGUAGCUAACAUGUGCUUCAAGGUUUAUGGUUACAUAAGCAUGACACAAGCCAUCACUUUCUUGCAAGACUUCAAGCUCGGCCACUACAUGAAAAUCCCUCCACGAAUCAUGUUCAUGGCACAGGUUGUGGGAACGCUGAUAGCGGGUAUUGUGUAUUUGGGCACUGCGUGGUGGUUGAUGGAAACGAUCCCGGACAUAUGCGAGGACACAUCCUCUGUUUGGACGUGUCCAAGUGACACUGUGUUCUACGAUGCGUCGGUUAUUUGGGGUUUGAUUGGGCCGAGGAGAAUAUUUGGAGACCUUGGGACCUACGCCCAAGUGAAUUGGUUCUUCCUGGGUGGGGCCAUUGCUCCUUUACUCGUUUGGUUGGCUGCGAGGGCCUUCCCACAACAAGAGUGGAUUAGACUCGUCAACAUGCCAGUGUUGAUUGGAGCCACGGGAAUGAUGCCUCCAGCAACUGCAGUGAACUACACUAGCUGGGUCAUCGUUGGUUUUCUCUCUGGCUUCGUGGUGUUUAGGUACAAACCCCAAUGGUGGCAGCGUCACAAUUAUGUGCUCUCUGGAGCACUUGAUGCGGGUCUCGCUUUUAUGGGGGUGCUUUUGUAUCUUUGCUUAGGAUUGGAAGAUAUUAGUAUCAAUUGGUGGGGAAAUGACCUUGAUGGCUGUCCCUUGGCUCAUUGCCCAACCGCCAAAGGGUUUGUGGUUGAAGGUUGCCCCGUUUCCACUUGACUAAAGUUAAAAUGUCCUUCCCUUAAUUCAAGCUA